GACUCUAUAUAUACCAGGCAUAGGUUAACCUCACUGAUUGAUUUUCUGUGUAACACCUUGGUAGAAUGUAACCAUGCCCAAGGUACGAAUCAAGGUGGACGGAGGGCCGUCCCCUGAAAAGAGGACAGAACUAUUGAAGAUUCUAUGCACAAAAGAUAUCAAGAUUGUGAAGCUACUUCCCACCUAUGAUGGCUAUGUGGCAAUCACCGACACAGACCGAUGCACGAAUAACGUAUUUGAGGAAGACACCCGCAACACCCUUACAUUACCGAUGCAGGCUUCGCCCCAGUUCUGUCACUAGAAAAAAGAGCAAAAAUGACAGUCGUCCUGAAAGGCAUAGAUGCAGAGAUUCUCAGAGAAUCACCAAACGCCAUUGCAACGGAAAUAACGAAAUCGGCCCCAUUCGCAAAAGUAGAUGAUGUGUAUAUCAUGGAGAAGCCGCAUAUCAUCAAGGUCCGACUUAGGACAAUGGACAUGGCUGACAAAAUCAAGGAAAAUGGCCUGCGCCUCUUCUGGUUCUCCAUCCCACCCCGGAAUAUUGAGUACGAGCGGUAUACCAAUGUGCCUCAAUGCAUGGUGUGCUACUCGUACACACACACAAAGGCCACUUGCCCUGAUAAAACCAAGAAAAUCUGCAGUGAAUGUGCCGAAGAGGGGCACAUCUUCAGAGAAUGCCCAAACAAAACAAAACCAAAAUGCAUCAACUGUGGAGAGAAUCACAGAGCACUGUCAGGAAAAUGUAUCACCAGGAAGGAGGUGAUAAAAAAGAUCGAAAACGAAAGAAUAAACAAAGAAAAAGAGAAAACAGAACUCCCAUACAGUAUGGUAGCAAAAAAAGCAGUGGACGCAUCAAUAGAAUGAACAACCCCAUAUAGGAUGUGGAUAA